GCCUUGAGUCCAACCUACCAUGGAAGAAACACAGAAAACUCCCCACAUUGUGAUUCUACCAGCACCAGGAAUAGGUCAUCUCAUCCCAUUAACCGAGCUCGCUAAGAGACUCACCCUCCACCACAAUUUCACAGUCACUUUAGCUAUCUCAACUGAAGGUUCUCCUUCCAAAACCCUAAAAGCCAUUGUAGAUGCUCUACCCAAAACCAUAAAUUCAUUGUUUCUUCCACCAGUUAACUUCGAUGAUCUCUCUGAAGAUGUUUUGGUUGAAACUCGUAUCUGCCUCACUGUGACUCGUUCUCUCCCUUCUCUACGUGAAACAUUUAAAACCUUAACCACAACUACUCAUCUUGUUGCUUUAGUUGUUGAUCUCUUUGGCACAGAUGCUAUUGAUGUCGCUAGGGAAUUUAAUGUUUUGCCUUAUAUUUUCUUCCCCUCAACCUCUUUGAUGUUGUCUUUCGUACUCCAUUUGCCCAAGCUAGAUGAGAUGUAUUCUUGUGAGUAUAGAGAUAUGGUUGAACCGGUUAAAUUACCCGGUUGUGUACCUAUUCAUGGUUCAGAUUUUCUGGACCCGGUUCAAGACAGGAAGAAUGAGGCUUACUCUUGGAUUCUACACCAUUCUAAACGUUACCAUUUGGCUGAGGGAAUUCUGUUAAACAGCUUCAUGGCCUUGGAACCGGGUGCAAUCAAAGCUUUGACUGAAGAGACAGAUCUGAGCAAACCACCGGUCUACAUGGUUGGACCACUUAUACAGAACCAAAUUUCAAGUGAUACUAUUGAUGGGUCUGAGUGCUUGAGGUGGUUGGACCAUCAGCCACAAGAGUCUGUUAUAUUUGUAUCAUUUGGGAGUGCUGGAGUUCUCUCGGAAGAGCAAUUGACUGAAUUGGCCCUGGGCUUGGAGUUGAGUGAGCAAAGAUUCUUAUGGGUUGCUAGGAAGCCAACUGAUCAAAAGGCAGCAAAUGCUGGUGGCUUAAUUGGUAUCCAUAGCUCUGAGGAUCCUCUAGGUUUCCUGCCUGAAGGGUUCUUGGAGAGAACCAAAGAGAGGGGUUUUGUGGUGUAUUCAUGGGCUCCUCAAAUCCAAGUGCUUAGCCAUGGUUCAACAGGAGGAUUCUUGACCCAUUGUGGGUGGAACUCAACCUUGGAGAGUGUUGUACAUGGUGUACCUUUGAUAGCAUGGCCACUUUAUGCAGAACAAAAGAUGAAUUCAGUGAUGCUAGUAGAUGAUAUAAAGAUAGCAUUGAGGCCCAAAGCAGAUGAGAAUGGGUUAAUCCGGCGUGACGAAAUCGCGGCAGUGGUGAAGUGCCUGGUGGAAGGGGAAGAAGGGAAGAGAGUGAGUAACAAGAUGAAAGAGCUCAAAGUUGCAGCUGCAAUGGCAUUGAGUGGAGAUGGCUCUUCUACACAGUCACUUUCAGAGGUUGCAUGCAAAUGGAAGACCCAUGCAGGAAUAUAAGAAUGUUCUCUAGAACCCACUAUAUAAAUAGUGUGUUUUUUUGCCUCAUAGACUACCUAUAGACUACAAAAUAAUUUGAAGAUGAUGACAUGAAGGCUGUGAUGACUUUGUAGAUUUAGUGGUUUGGUUACAGUAUAUAUAUUGUCUAAAUUUAGUAGUGGGAAAUUGGUUGAAGACCACCUGA